AUGCAGUUUGUAAAAUACUUUGAAGGUAAUUUCUUAAAAAUAGUAAGGAGAAAUUUUUCAAGGGAUGGGGAAAAGGGAUUAAAACCCUCCUCAUUAAGAGUAAAGAGUGUUAAAAAAAAUUUUAACGAUAUUAUUAAUAAAUACUUUCCAAAUAGAGUUCUAAAAAGGAAAAAUAAGGAACCAUGUAAAAGUUACAGGAUUGAUGAAAAGUUUUAUCUGUCUGCGAAGGUAGAAAGACAAGUUAAGUUUUUGCCGACAGGUUAUGAAAUGGGGGCGAGGUCACAAGAGGGGGAAGAGUACAACGAUGAAGAGAAAAAUACGGAUGAAACAAAUGAAAGAGAAAAUAAUGGAGUUCAAAGAGGAAAUAAUAGUAAUGAUAUCGUCAAAUGGGAAGGUGAACAUAUUUGUAAAGAGGAUGAGAAAAGAAAGGACAUACAAGAAAUUUCGAAGGAGGAGUAUAAUAUUCAAAAAUACAAAAAUAAAAUACAUAAAAGAAUAUGGAUGUGUUUGAAGAGGAAUAAUGAAAAGGAGUUUGAAAACUGUUAUAAUAUGUUAGUUAAUUAUCCAUUAAAAGAUGAAGUUUCUUAUAGUAUAUUAUUACAUGGAAAUUUAAUAAUAUCAGAUGGGAAUAAUAUACAAAAUAGUUUUAAAGUAUUAAAUGAAAUGAAAGAAAAAAAAGUACAUUGCUCUUUAAUUCGGUUUAAUGAAAGACUACUACACAGUUAUUACGAACUAACAAAAUUAAAUGCAAAACCGAAUAAAAAGCAAUGGUUAAAAGUUUUAAGGACAGUCUGGUUUACUUCUGCUCUAAUUAAAGCAAGGAGGCAGAGAUUUAUUUUACGCAAAGUAAAAAAUAUUAAAGACGACAAUUCAGUUGCGUUAAGUAAGUUUAAGAACACCUUUAACAUUCAUAAUUUGGAAAUGCUUUAUGCAGAAAAUAGGGACCCCCUAAUUGGGGAAGGAAAAGGGGACAUGUCGGUUCCUACAAACAGGUAG